AUGAAACGGAAUCACAUGAUCACGAAUUCGGAACAUUCGAAUGUGCAACAACAACAUCAACAAAUACCCAUUUCACCCUCGGGAUGUCUUUUCGUGGCUCUUAUUGGAGCUGUGGACACAGGAAAGACAUCUCUUUUAAAUUGCAUAUCCGAAAGCAAAAAUAAUUAUUAUAAUAAUUAUUCUAGUUCUAUUCCUUAUUGGAGUCUUCUUUCUAAUGCUGUUACGUCAAGUAAUAGUCAUGAAUAUUUACGUUCUGUAAUUUUUUCUCAUCAUGAUGACAUUGAUCCCCAGCAAAAAGAAUGGCAUUACAUUCGUUUUCUGGACAAACAACAUCGUAAAGUUCGAAACGAUUCCAUUUAUGCUCAGCUCAUGAACACAACGAUGGAUGGAAUGAUUCUUGUGGUGGAUUGUGUGGAAGGUUAUCAUUCAAAUUUGGAUUAUGUACUGGGAGAACAGUUAUUUUCAAAAACGAACGGAAGAAAGAUGAAACCUUUAUAA